CUAGCGAGGGCAAUGGAUGAUUGUGUUUGUACUGCUUCUGACUUACGAUUCGGUGAGCAGAUGACCACAAUCGCUACGGAUAUGAAGGUGUGUUUGGGUGGGUUUCAUUCCGACGCCAAGACAGUAGUUGAUAAAAUUAUUUUUCGCAAGAAUCUAAAUGAAUUAAAGGAAAAUCGAAAAAUAAAACCAAAGGUAAAAGUAAAAGAUGAAUUUAACGACUACAAGGACGUUUGUAUCUUGGUUGAUGUUGUUAUUCCGUCAGAACACCAUUAA